AUGGUCCACGCCGUGGCCCACUUGCCCGGCACCUGGCGGCUCCUCUACUACGACGCGCCGACGCGUGGAGAGCAGAUCCGGCUAUUAUUCGCGCUCGGCGGCGUGCCGCUGCAGGACGUUCGGCUCUGGCCCUUUCCAAACGGCCUCGACCCGUACCGCAAGGCGGCUCUUGGCGCGGACUCACCGCUCCUGGGCACGGACAA